AUGGCUGGUGGAGCAGAAGAAGGCCAAACAUUGGAGUACACUCCGACAUGGGUUGUCGCCGCCGUCUGCACCGUCAUCGUCGGUAUCUCCCUCGCUGUCGAGCGCCUCAUCCACUAUACCGGAAAGUUUCUGAAGAAGAAGAACCAAAAGCCUCUCUUCGAAUCUUUACAGAAAGUAAAAGAAGAGUUGAUGCUGUUAGGGUUUAUAUCGCUGCUUCUGACUGUGUUUCAGAACAGAAUUAUCAAGAUCUGUGUGAAUGAGGAUGUAAUGAAGCACCUCCUGCCCUGCUCGUUGCGGCCGGAAUCGUCUUCUAACGAAGGAGGAGGAUCUUCUCACGCUGAGCCCAAAACAACUUCUCAUUUUCAGCGCUUGUUGGCCGAAGGAGCAGCCAAUGGUGGUUACUGCGCUGCAAAGAAUAAGGUCCCCUUGUUAUCUCUUGAAGCAUUGCAUCAUUUACAUAUCUUCAUCUUUGUCCUGGCCAUCGUUCAUGUGACAUUUUCUGUUCUUACCGUUAUAUUUGGAAGCGCAAAGAUACGUCAAUGGAAGCAUUGGGAAGACUCCAUUGCAAUAGAUAAGUAUGAUACUGAACAGGUCUUGAGACCAAAGUUCACGCAUGUCCAUCAGCAUGAUUUCAUCAAGGGUCGUUUUCUGGGUAUUGGUAAACAGUCAGCUAUUUUGGGUUGGUUGCAUUCUUUUUUCAAACAAUUUUAUGGAUCUGUCACCAAAACAGAUUAUGUAGCCCUGCGAUUAGGUUUCAUUACGACUCAUUGCAGGUCAAACCCUAAGUUUAAUUUUCACAAGUACAUGAUUCGUGCCCUGGAAGAUGAUUUUAGGAAAGUUGUCGGCAUAAGUUGGUAUUUGUGGGUAUUCGUGGUCCUCUUCUUGUUGCUGAAUAUUAAUGGUUGGCAUACAUAUUUUUGGAUAGCAUUCAUCCCUUUCGGUCUUCUACUUGCUGUUGGCACUAAGCUGGAGCAUGUAAUUGCCCAGUUGGCUCAUGAGGUUGCUGAGAAACAUAUAGCCAUAGAAGGCGAAUUGGUCGUAACACCUUCUGAUGAUCACUUCUGGUUCCACCGGCCCAGCAUUGUCCUUUUCUUGAUCCAUUUUAUACUAUUCCAAAAUGCUUUUGAGAUCGCAUUUUUCUUUUGGAUAUUGCUUCAGUAUGGGUUUGACUCUUGCAUAAUGGGACAAGUCGCUUAUAUUUACCCCAGGCUGAUUAUAGGGGUAAUCAUCCAGGUACUAUGCAGUUACAGCACUCUGCCACUUUAUGCUAUCGUCACCCAGGUUACCCAGAUGGGAAGCUCUUUCAAAAAGUCAAUAUUUGAUGAGCAUGUGCAAACGGGCCUUGUUGGGUGGGCUCAAAGGGCAAAGGGAAAGAAGGGGUUGAGGGUAGGAACCAAUGGCUCUGGCCAAGGCAGUUCAACAGAUGGUUCUACUGUGAGAACUCAACCAGGAGGAGUUGGGCACAAGGCACCUACUCCAGGAGGGGAUGUUGAGCUUACUACUGCUCCGUAA